AUGGAAUCUAUCAUUUCCAUUGCUGUUCUACGAUCAAUCUGCCUCCAAGCCGAAAUCCAUCCGACAUCCGUGCGAGUCCUUGGAGUGACUGGACACAAAUGGCCAUUGCUGGUCGUGAAAUGUUCCAAUAAUACAGGAGGUAUGAACGUACAGCCGGUCAAACUGGAAGUUGAUGGUGAACCCAUUUUCCUGAAACGACUUGUAAUUCCCUACGGCCAUUGUGAUGGUGUACUACAGGCCCUUGAGAAAAUGGAGCGCGAUGGCAUAAUCACCCAAGUCACAUCCAGUGCGUGGGCAAGGCCGAUCGUGAUCGCGAUCAAACUGACGGCAAAACACUGCGAAUUUAUGGCGAUUACCGCUUAA